CCGAAGAGACAUGACAGCUCACUGUGAUAAUGUGAUCAUUGGUUGGAUCCUAGACUUCUAAAAAGCUAUAUGGCUUGCCUUUCUUUCUUUCUUUCUCUUUUUGGACCUUUGGGGAAAUUUAACUGUGGACUAGAAUUAGGUGAUGUUAGAGAAUUAUUCAUUUUAAUAGCUAUGAUUCUGGAGCAGAAUCACCCCAGUUGAGAUUCCACUGUUCCACAGCAAUGUCUCCUAAUUGUGGGGUGUGUCUGCAAUCAGCAGGGAAGAGGUUUGAAAUCUUCUGCACCUGGGUCCCAUUCCCAUGGUUCUGGCAAUUCAGUAUAUCCAAGGUGGUGCAUGAUACCUUGAUUUUUGCAACUCUGCAAGUGAUUCUGCCUGUGCCCUUGCAGGUAUAAGCCACUGUUAAGAGUCAAGCUCGCUCAUCGGAACUUCCGUCUGUGGCAAAGCUCAUUUCUGCCAGAGUUGGACCUUCUUUCUGGAGGAAUCAUUGUAGUUGAUCACUUUCCAGUUUUCAACCACUCAUUUGUGAUAAUCAAGGGACACGGUGUUGUGGUUUCGGAACUGCCUGCUCAGAAUAGGAACAUACUUGGGAUUUUGUAUUAGAAGACAUGGAUCUUGCUGCUAAUGAGCUCAGCAUUUAUGACAAACUUUCAGAGACUGUUGAUUUGGUAAGACAGACGGGCCAUCAGUGUGGCAUGUCAGAGAAAGCAAUUGAAAAAUUUAUCAGACAGCUGCUGGAAAAGAAUGAACCUCAGAGGGGGCCACCCCAGUAUCCCCUCCUUCUAGCUGUGUACAAGGUCCUCGUAACCCUGGGAUUAAUCUUGCUCACUGCCUACUUUGUGAUUCAACCUUUCAGCCCAUUACCACCUGAACCAGUGCUUUCUGGAGCUCAUACCUGGCGCUCACUCAUCCAUCACAUCCGGCUGAUGUCUUUGCCCAUUACCAAGAAGUAUAUGCCAGAAAAUAAGGGAGUUCCUCUGCAUGGGGGUGAUGCAGACAGACCCUUUCCAGACUUUGACCCCUGGUGGACAAAUGACUGUGAGCAGAAUGAGUCGGACCCCAUCCCUGCCAACUGCACCGGCUGUGCCCAGAAAUUACCCCUCAAGGUGAUGCUCCUGGAAGACACCCCAGGGAAAUUUGAGAGACUCCAUCCUCUGGUGAUCAAGACCGGACAACCCCUGUCAUCUGAGGGGCUUCAGCGUUUUUUGUGCCAGUACCCUGAGGUGACAGAAGGCUUCACCGAAGGGUUUUUCGCCAAGUGGUGGCGCUGCUUUCCUGAACGGUGGUUCCCGUUUCCUUACCCAUGGAGAAGACCUCUGAACAGAUCCCACCUUUUACGUGAGUUCUUUCCUGUGUUCACCUACCUGCCGUUUCCAAAAGAAGCCUCCUUGAAAAAGUGCUUCCUUCUUCAACCAGAACCUAUUGUGGGGAGUAAGAUGCAUAGGAUGCAUGACCUGUUUACCAUUGGCAGUGGCGAGGCCAUGUUGCAACUCAUCCCUCCCUUCCAGUGCCGAAGACAUUGCCAGUCCAUGGCGAUGCCACUAGAGCCAGGGGAUAUUGGCUAUGCUGGCGCCACCCACUGGAAGGUCUACAUUAUAGCCAGAGGGGUCCAGCCUUUGGUCAUUUGUGAUGGAACCACCCUCUCAGAACUGUAGGAAACAGAACUAAAGGAACAGGUUUGAGAGCUGAAGACCGGAUCGAAAGGGGGAAAAUAAAAACAAAAAACGAUGAAACCACUUUCCAGGGGUUGGUUGCUUAGUUACCUGCCCUGUGCAUGUGUGUGUGAGCCAGUUGUGUGCUGGAAGCAAAGGCUAGAGCCCAGCCCUCCCAACUCUUCCAGCCCAGCUGCUUGGCCAGGACUUUGCCAAUACCCAUCUGUGAGAGACUGGCCUCUUCCAGGCCUUUUGGCACCAAAGCCUUGAGGCUGCCCUUCAGGCAGGGAGCACGGUUGAUACCUUCCCUCACUUGCAUGACAUGAUCCCCUCUGCUGGCUCCCUGGCCACGAGAGGACAGUCACCAGGUCCUGACUUUAGAGCCAUCCUCUACCAGGUGGGCCUGCCUGUCCUCUCUUCCUGGUCACACCACCCUGUACUUUUUUUGGAAAGCUGUGGAUGAUUAAAGAAGUCAUUGCAGUUUCCCAAGCAGAAUGGAAUCUAGAACCAGUGAAAAAGGAUCAAGGAACCUCAAACUGCACUCAAGAAGUGCACUUCUUUCCCAGUGUCCAUGGCUCUUGGAGUAUCAGCGAUGCCAGGUCGGAGUCUGAUUGUAAUUGAAAUGGUAAUUCCUAAGGUAAUACUUGUCUCCAUUCUAUCAGCUCUUAUGCCUCUCCCCUCC